AGGAGGGAUCUGAAAUGCAACCCAGACACACCUCGAUGGACCGACCCGUGUUCAGCCAUUCACCAUGUCUCCGACCGAGACCAAAGCCAAGAUUCGCCCGCAACAGUCGUGCCUCAAAUGUCGCGAGCGCAAAGUCAAGUGCGACCGAAACAUCCCCUGCGAGGCCUGUAUCCAUCGCGGCAUUGAAUCUGAAUGCACCUACCUCACCUCCGCCGAAGAUCGCGCGCACAUCAGCCAAGCCGAGAUCAUCGACCGCCUGCGCCGCGAAGUCGCCCAGCUACGCACGCGAUUGAAUCAGAGCUCCGCGAGGGGCCCCAGUCCCGGCCGUCGCGACAAAGUCUAUGCGCGCAAGAACAAACCGAUUGGGUCGCGCGGGAGCUAUGCCACUGCAUCUGGACCUGGAUCGUCCGGGUCCGGGUCUGGUUCGCGAUCUGCGACGGGCUCGGCGGAACCAACGGAGGCGGGUAGUUGGGCUGGAUCAUCGCCCUCGUCCAUCUCCACGACGACCAGGACCAAUUCCGUGACCGUGACGAGCCCUGAUAGUACCGGUAGUGAUAGCGGUGUCGGUGGUGCUGGCUAUGUCCAGCAGCAAGCGUAUCCGGGGUCAACGACGACAGACAAUACGGCAGUGGGGAGUUAUCUCAAUGACGACACGAUAGCCCAAUACCAUGCAGGCAACGUGCCAGCCUUUGCGCCUAAGAUCCCUGGAUCAACCCCAAUGCAGGGUUUCCCACCCCAAGCAAUGCAACCCACGCCCGACGAAGGCCUAUCGGGGCUGCAUAUGCACGAUAAUCGGAAUAGUCCACGCUACGACCCCGGCCCUGCGCAUGCGCAUGCGCAGUCUCACAUGGCCAGCUACGGUCACGGUGGGGACUAUAACCACCCUCUAUACGAAUACACCAACGUGAAUACGUUCAAGCAUGAUCCCCCUCAACCAUACCCCAGCCCUGGAACCCAGCCCUGGAGUCAAGGGUAUUGCUUUCCCCAAUUGCAGUCACAACGACCCUUACAACCUCAAUCCCAUCACUACCCCGACUCAACGUACUACUCCUCUACCACGAAUACGUUUCCGCCAACAGAAUCCACCAUACACCCAUAUUCCCAACAGCAUCAACAUCAACACCCACAUCAACAAUCCCAUUCCCAAUCUUACCAGACUACAAACCCAACCCACACUUAUUCACCACCCACCCAUCCAACCGAAUACCAAACCCGCGCCAUUAACUCCAUCCCGGAUUCCUGGAAAGGCCCCGACAAACAAGCCCUCCUCGAAACACUCCUCGAAACCAUCACCAGCUGUGACGAAGAGCGAGUCGCCCAGGUUGUCGCCGUCGUGCGGACAAGUGAGACACCCGAAGAGGCCGUCUCGGGGAUCUGCCAGGUUCUAGGGAUCAGUGGAACCGGGGAUGGGUCUGGUGCUUCGCUUAUGCGUUGAUGAUUGCCCAUGAUGUGCGCGCGGGAGGGGGGGGACCAGGCAGAUGUGGAAUUGAGUAUCAGGCGGGCCUGAUACAAUACGAUGACCCGAAGACGGGCUGCCUCGAGGAGUUCAGCCCUCGGCGCUGUAAAUGUCUUCAGCUGCGGGGGGCGAUGUUGACUGCCCGAAAACUUGCGGGGCUAAAAUUACACCUCAUUAGUAGCUGAAUUUGCCAGUGCUACGCUGGAAAUCCGUGGACUUGCACGGAUAUGUGAAAUAGUUACGAAUUGACGAGACCACGAGUCCAUGAAAUCACCGAUCCAUGCCAUGUUUUAUCUUAUCGCUAGACGAUGAGUUUAUGUAGCCAAGACGCAGGCCAACCUCACCUCGAUCAGCUUCACUUUCGCUUUCACGAAAUGGCCUCUCACCCUCUCGCCAUGCAGUUCCAACUCAAUGUUGAUAAUUUCGAUUUUCGAUCCAUGAUGCGUCCCGAUAUACUCCGGAACUAAUCCGUCGACACAGAGUAAAUCAAUAGCGAUGCAAAUAAAAAAAACACCACAACAGAAACUGCAAGUCUAAUACACAAGUCAAUGCCUUUAUACAUUAAAUUCCGGGAGUCAUCGCGCCAUAAGUCGUUAAAAGGGGGGAUAUAGAAACCCCAAACCGGGUCCGUCAGUCUCGUGUCUCAAGGGCUCGGAACCCCCUCGCCCCGUUGCGUCGGGCCAUGACCGUUCGUGUGGAGCGGUUUUUGCCCAUACACGAAAUGGAAUCGCACGUAGAGGUGGAACUUGUUGCUCACUAGUUCCGCGCGUACUUUGUCCAUGUACUCUUGUGCAUCUUGGUAGGAGAAGCCCAGGACGCGGGUGAAGAGGGCUAGCGUGUAUGGCUCGACGACCUCCAGGAUAGUCACUUUGCCGACGCGCCCGAUUUCUUUGAGCCGGCGGUUUUUGGCCCAGCCACCGACGGGGCACUAAACGGAUAUCGAGAAUUAGCAAUGAAGUCAAUGAAAAAUGAACGUAUAUCCCGUGGCUUCACGGCAGGAAUGUCCAAUUGGGUACUCCAUAAUACCGGAAAUACCUCCCCUCGCAGUGGAAGUCACUCACCUUGUAGAUAUCAUCGUGAAUAUUCACAAACCCCGCAUCCCCCAACCACUCCUCCAACCGAGGAGCCACGUUCAUAGGUUUCCCAAACCGUUCGCUCGCGCUAUUCAGCUGAUCCUGCCAAUCCAAAAUACUCGUCGCUUUCGCAUGCGUCUCAUCGUCACUCAGCACCAACGUCUGAAACUCCUGCGCCUCGAACCACCCGCCCGGUUUCAAAUGCGCAAAGGCCUGCCUCAGUAACCGCGGCCAAUCGGCGAUCCCGCCGCCCAAACUGCGUGCGUGGAUGUAAUCAAAGGGCUCGGCGGGGGAAAAAGUCCAGUCGGACUCGGCGUCGUCGAUGAAGAAGCGGCAAUUGGGAGGGGCCCAGGAGGGUUGGAUGGGCGAGAGGUCCGUGCCGAGGAUGGUGGUGGUGGGGAAGUCUUCGGCCAUUUCGAUGGCCCAUUCGGCGGUGCCGGUGCCGAUGUCGAGGAUGCGGGUGGGAGGGGUGUGAUCGCGGGCAAAGGGGGCGCGGAAGAGGUCGCCGCCGGAGAGGAGCUUGAAGAGGUGGUGCAUCAAGGCCAGCCGGGCUUGUUCUUCUUCGUCGUUGGGGAAGGGGUAUUGGCCGUGUCGGUAGGCAUGAUAGCGGCGCCCGUUUUCGUAGGAGUAGUCGCGGACGGAGGAGGCGAAAGAGAGAUUGGAGUCCCCGAGGGUUUUUGUGUCGAAGAGCGAGUCAUCGUCGCUGGUCUGGGGAUUGUGGGAGACGUGUGAGUGGUGGUGGGGGGAAAUCAAGGAGGAUGUGGUGAUUGUGGUGAUUGUGGUGAAAGCGGGGGGAGGGGGGAGGAUGGGUUGGCGGUAAUUUAAAACAGAUCACCGUCUAUAAUGGAGGAGGGGGAAAGGGGGCACCUUCU